AUGUCAGACAGUCAGUAUGAAAUCGGCGAGUAUAAAAAGGAUGAAUUUGAUUUCAUAAUGAAAAUAAAGCGGGUUGAUAACAUAGCCUUCGUCAAAGUUCUUAAAAUACCAAAAAAUUGGAAGGUAUUAAUUUAUUUAAAGAACGAAAAUUCAAUGAUGAAAAAGAUAGAAUAUGAUUUAAAGAAAGGAAUCUUAUGGAGUUUUCGACAAUGCAAGGAACCUAUCAAAACUAACGGAGGUAAAGGUAAGGUUAAGAAAGUCAAGGAAACAAUAAAGCUAGAUAACGCUCUAUUGGAACGAAAAGAAGAUAAAGAUACAACUACGUUGCCGGAUUCGAAUUCGAUGGAUAUCGCGACUACAGCACGGAGCUGCCGGAAAGACACUAAUGAGGAAAUGGUUUAUAGCCAAUAA